AUGACUCUUAAAAAGAAUAGUGACAAAGAAACUACCUCACUGGAAAAGCCCUCAUUACCAGCUUCUGAUGGGUUUCAAAAUCCAGUCCAGUCUUCAGGACUAAGUUCCAAGAUCUGUAAUCCCACGAAUCAAUUACUUGAUCGUUCUGCCUCUGCCCCUGCUUCAAUUUGCUCACCCAUACCUAGCCUCGCAGAGCCCGUUGAUCCUAGAGCCGUGAAGUCUUUGGAGUCUUCAACUGAAUGCCAGCUAACCCCAGAAAAAGAACAUCCUCUCUUAUUACGGCAUCUUUCCAAUAAUGCUUCUUUGGCAAAUAAUGAUGGGUCUCUCCAGACAGGGGAGGUAACCUGUCACAGUCCAGCUUGCCUCUCACAGAACAUACUCAAAGAAACAUUUGUUGCUGACAGUCUAAAGGAAUGUAACGCUAAGGAACAAGGCCAUGGUCAGGAACCUCCUUUGGAAGUGCUACAAGAAAACAGCUUGGCUGACACUGCUGCUAAGCACAAGCAAAAUAAAGAACUACCUUUGUCUUCAGAACAGGAGGAACAAAAGAAUGAGCUUCCUGUAGAUCAUCAGAUGUGCAAAGAACCAGUGAAUGAACAUCUGGAGAAACAAAAUGAGAUUACUCACCCAGAAGGUCCUUGCAAUGUUGGUGGGGUUGAGAAACCUGCUGUGGAAGAGGGUCAUGCAGGCAUCCAGCCAGAACACUCUCCUGCAGAAACAAGAGGAAAUGGACUGGAGAAAGUAGGUCUUUCCUGUGUGAAAGAGAGGAUCCAAAUGUCAGCAUCCUGUAGCUGUAUGCAUAUGGAAACCUUUAUGGAAGUAGAUAUAGUUGAGCAGUCUAGAGCUGAAGUGCACAGCUCAGCAAGCAAACAGGAGUGGCAGGCUGAGAAUGGAAGUGUAUCUGAUGUGAACUUGGAUCUUCCUUCUAUGGAGGUAGAGUCACUGAAGUCUGACUCCUCCUUGGAUGAUCCAGUUUCCACUAGUGAUGUGCUGCAGUCUAAGAGCACCAAUGAAAUUCCUGCAAAGUAUAAUGAGUUACCUAAUUUAACUACUGAAAACAGCUCUUCCCUCUCCAGCAUCCAUCAGCUGGACACUGACCCAGGAGCAUCCUCAGAAGAACCAUGUUUCUCUCUAGCAUCAGCCUUGAAAGAGCUUCACAAACUCUUGAUUAUCAGUCGUAAAGGAGAAUGUAAAAUUCUUGCAUCUGAAGAAGUCUCUCAGUUGGAAAUGGCUCACAAAGAACAAGCAAAACAGAAGGGGCUUUCUGAAGAUGAGCAUAAAGACUUAGAUCCAGACAGUCAGGAACAGAGUUGCUCCUUCUAUAAAGUGAGGUCUGAAGGUAGAAACGCAGAGCGACAAUUGGGGGAAGAGCAUUGUGAUAGCGGAGUAGAAAAGGUUUGCGUCGCAUGUAUCAGUCGCACACAGUCAGCUGUCAGAAAAGAUGCUACAGAGAUGCAGAAACUUUCAGGUAAGAGUGAUUUGGUCAUGCUGAAUUCUGCAGUGACAUCGGCUGAACAGCAACAGAGCUCUGAGCAGGCAAAUAUUUUGGCAGAAUGUAAUCAGAGUCCAACAAGUCGGACUUUGGAGCAAAACACAUCUUUUUCUUCUAAACCUGCUUUGGAUGAAGAUGUGUCUCAAGAUACUCAGAGCUUGUUCACAGGAGCAUCUGGGAGAAGCAACGCCUUGGCUCCUGAAGGUCUGUGGCCAUUGCAUGGGCUUGAGGAACCACUGCUGCACCCACCAGCUGGCUCUUCUGAGCUUGCCUCUGUUGCUUCUGCACUGCCCGCUUUCCCUGCGGCUGACAUUGAUCGGAUUCUUUGCGCUGGUUUUACCACGCGGGAAGCUCUUGAGGCUUUGGAACGAGCAGAUGGAAAUGCAGAUCUUGCUCUUCUCAUUUUGCUAGCCAGGAGUAUCAUUGUUCCUACAUAACUACAGAAGAAGUAGCUGACUGGAGUGUCUUUUCUUUUAAAGGACGUAUCUAAAUUAUACAUCAUAACAUACAAGCAGAAUGUUGAGCCAGGUUUUUAAUUAUUUGCAGCCAAAGUAACUUCUCUCUUCUGUUUCACUUGUUAGAUUUGGCCUUUUAAAAAAGAAAACAUCCUAGCAUUGUGUGGACAGGAUAGCUUUUAAUUCGUAUGAUGCAUACUGGAUUAAAAUUAAUGUUUUUAUGUAAAUGUACAAUUUUAGAAUAAGCUCCAAUGUUACAAAUAAAGUAGAAGCCAUUAAGAUCACCACCACUGCCCUGUCCAGCACAAAACCAAUUGCAAAGUGAAUUGCAUGUGUGUAUGUGUGUGGCCAAAGGCAAGGCCCAGCACGUGCUGUUACAGGAUGACAGGUGCGCACUGAGUUCAGUAUGGUGCAGAUGCGAAAUGGAGCUUGUCCAAACGGACUGUGUGGAUUUGUACCAGUUCUAGCUCUUCUGUGCUUUAUAACCCAAUGUCCACCUGUGAUGCUGACAAAUAAUUACAGUAGCUUCUAAAGGUAUGUAGAUGCCUACAGGUUUUGGGAUAUGUAAACUUUUGAGGGGUUCUUGAAAGUGUGCAUUCUUGUGUGUGCACAUUGAAAGCUGAUGCCUACUUUUUGCCAAACCCUUUAUACUCUUGGGCCAGUGUGUUGAAGUUUACAAUGUGGGGAUUGGGAGAUGGGGAGAAGAAAGGAAGGGAUAGAACUUGGUGCUACCAAAAACAAGAGAUGCAGUAACUUAUUUGACGAUGUGCUGGUAUGAGUCGUGGGCAGGGGGAAAGGGAAAAGGGAGUAUUUUACGGUUUUCUAGCCUUCCCAACAUAGUGUCCCUUCAUACGAAAGAACAAGCUCAGCCACCUAGGGCAAAUAUUUAGUGAUGAAAUUGCUUAACAAACAGAUCAUAUGUUAAGGCUCUUGCCCUCCUCCUUUCUCCUCUCUUGCCCCUCAAAGAAUAAACUCAGUUUUAGUGAAUGCAUUCUCUAUGCAUUGAGUGGGCGUGUGAUUAGAGAAAAGAAAGGUGGGCGGGGGGGAAGGUUUGCACUAGUUUAUCUCAAUGUUUGGGGAUGAUCAGCCUCUCAGCUGUGGAAAUGCAAACUGCAGAAACCUUUAGUGGCUUGUGGGGUACUAAUUUAAUACCUCUUAAAGAGUGAGGGCUCUCCAAUAGGGUUUAUGAAACAAUGCACUGAUGCGGCUUCUGCAUUACAACCGUUGUGGCCUUCUGGAAAGCCCUUGGUGAGAAGCCUGCCUGACUAGGACCCACCGAGGCUCUGCUGUAGGAAGCCCUUUCCAGGUGCUUUUUUGGGAUGAACUACUACUUGAUGCUCUGUACAGCCCCAAAAUACUGCUGGGGCUGGGGAAGGGGAGGGAAAGCAUGGUUGAAACAUGAUACCAAAUCCAAAGUAGGAACUUUUACUUAAUCCUACUUGCAACUCUCUCAAGUGGCUUUGUGUAAAAUGUUAAUCAUUAACUUUCUGCUUCAAACUAAAUCUGAAGUGGUGACUCAACAGCAGCUGAAAAUCCAGUGUGUUUUGUUCAUGGUUUUCAUUUGUUGUUAUCAUCGUCUCAGGCCUGUUCCUGUUCUUUUUGUUUUCCUUGUUGCUUAGCAGAUCUGCCUGUGUGUGUGCUAGGCUUUUUCAUGUGGGGUGGCAUUUAAAAACAACACAAAUUUGGUUUCGUCUGUAAACUUGCAGGAGUUUCUGAUGGCAGUGAGCAGUGGUUGUCAGAUUUUUCUUAGGUGCUUGGGUAGCCAAGAGAUCCUUUGGAAUAUAAACUGCUUUCAGGCGUUCCCCUGUCUGUCAAACAGAGCUUUUACAUGAACAGUGAAUGUACCAGCUGGGCCUGGGGCUCCCAAACGCACUUAGCUUAUUUCCCACUACUUGUGAUUGCCAGCAGCAGGCCUUGCUCCACAUGAGUGUAGGAAGCAGUGUUUGGCUCUUUGGGUAGUGUUUGUGUUAUGGGUUGGGAACCCCUUGCCUGAGCAACAUGAAGUAUCAUGAAGCUCAAAUUGAGUUACAGAGACAGGACUACAGCUUCAUGAUCUCUGCCAUGCAGGUGGUAGCAGUUACCCCCUUGUGGAAGUUUUUAAAUACUCUUUGCAGUAAGCACCCUAAAUCCAGCAAAAGCCCCUUCUGUAAAAGGUAGCGUUUGGGCUGAUACAAGAGUACAGUCUUCAGAUCUCUUCCUAGCGGUCUUAGGAAAUAAGAUACACUAUUAGACCCAUCCCCAUCUGUAACUGGUUCACUAUCAAAAGCAGCAGCUAGAAUGAAGCUCCCAGGUCUCAGAACCAGAGUAUCCUGUCUAAGCAGCCAGUGUCUCCUGAUUCAUGCUAUGGGUCUCAGUGAGGUGGUCUUUGGAGCAUGCCCUCAUCUGGUACAUGUGGUCAGUGCACUGAAGAUGACCAGCUGCGAGUCUGCCCUCUUGGAUGUGCGAGAGCUGAAUUUGCACCCUUAGCCUGCAGGUUAGUUUACUGACAGCUUCUUAAAGCAUCAGAUGUUAGCCAUUCAAUGUUAUACCCUUUUCAUAUUUACAAUUAAUGUUUUUAGAAGCAAUUGCUAAUAGCUAGAUGAAGUACAGCUGCUUUGCACCAAGCUGGUUAAAGUUUCUAGUUUUAUGGCCAUGUUUACUUAGAAACUGCAUAUACAGAAUUAAUGCUGUAAAAGCUUUAGAGCAUCAGCCAAUUUUGCUUCAAUACUCAGUUUUAUUCUUUGUCAAAUAUAAUUUGGUUUUGAAAUCUACCCUUUGCCAAAGCUUUACUGAAGUAUUUUACCAAUACUGCUAGAAUUUCCUGAGUAACUUUCUCUGAACUGCUAGAAACAGAAGCCUGACCCCUCAGUUGAUUAAUACUUGUAAAAAAUAUAUAUAUAUAUUAUAUAUAUAUUAAAAAUAUAUAUAUAUUUUAUCAAGUUAGUCCAAGCCUGGUGAUUUAUUAUCUCUUAACUUCACAGAGCCUUGCUUUGAGUGAAUGGCUAUGUGCUGCUAAAUUAGGAAAUAAUUUUGGAUUUUCAGGAACAAGAUUUAGUUAAGUUCAAGAAAGUUCAGGCAGUGGUAAGUAUUUAUAAAGUUAUAAAGUUAAAAUGAAACAUAAUAGAAAUGUACAUAGUGAAUGCUGUCUAAAAGUUGUGCUCUGUUUUAAUGUCUGUGUGUGUUUUCUCUCUGCUGUGUGCAAACAUCCUUUGCUCAGCCUUUAGCAAUUCUUUAACUGGUCUCUGCGUCUACCUGGCCCACGA